UCCUCGUUAAUGUAUACUUAGAUAAUGUCUCCAUUGGUCUUGUUUUGUUUGGUGUUUUGCAGCCAACUCACGGGUGGAUUGAAUACACCAUUGCCACCACCAAGCUAUGGAGAUUAUGUAUCCAUUCUCAGCAUAGAUGGUGGUGGCAUCAGAGGACUUAUUCCUGCUGCUGUUCUUCAUUACUUGGACAAGACUCUUAAGUUUAUGGAUCGAACAGCAUCUUUGGCACAUUAUUUCGAUGUGAUAUCAGGAACAGACACUGGUGGACUCAUGACUGCUAUGUUAGCAGCACCGAGCUCAUAUGACCCUAAUCAUCCUCUCUUUACUCCAUCGGAAGUCGCACUGUUCUACAAGAAAUAUGGCCCUGAAAUAUUUAAACCUAGACCUAUCUGGGAUCCUAUCAAAUGUCCCAAGUAUGAUGGAGUUUUCAUACGAAACAUAACUAGUGAGAUACUGAAAGAUACACGACUCAGUGAAACGUUGACGAACGUGGUAAUACCAUCUUUCGAUGAGAAGAAAGUCAAACCAGUUGUAUUCUCAAAAUUGAAGCUGAAGACAGAAGCUUACUUGAAUGCCAAACUCUCAGAUAUCUGCGUAGCCACUUCAGCUGCACCAACUCUUCUACCAUCACACCAAUUUGAGAAUGACGGUGUUCAAUUUGAUUUGGUUGAUGGUGCUCUCGCUGCUAACAAUCCAGCCAUGGCUGCUGUGAGUGAAGUGAUACAAGAACACCAUGCAGAAAAGGAAAUUUUGUUGCUGUCAUUAGGAACUGGAAUACCAAAAGCAAAGGACAAGUUAGGUGAUGACAAUGAUGAUGAUUCGUGCCUACUUAGAUGGCUAGGUGAACACAGUGAUACUAUUAGCGAAGUUAUAUCCAAAACAGACAUGACUCAUUCCUACCUUGCCACAAUCUUCCCUGGCCUCUUUCCUGCAGAAAACUAUCUUCGAAUUGAGGAGUAUAACCUGGACCCAUCCAUGGGAGCAGUGGAUAAUACUACUGAAGAGAACAUGGAUAGCCUUGUAAAGGUGGGAAAUGCGCUGUUGGACAAAAAAGCUAAGAGGAUGAAUGUUAAUACAUUUGUCCCAUUUAAACUACACCAAACAAAUGCUAUGGCUCUUGACAUGUUGGCUGAGAAAUUAUAUGCAGAGAGGCAGUUGCGUCUGAAAAGGAAAUCAAUGGAAAAAGGAGGAAGAUCUUUCACUGAAACUAUUUAAGUUCCUUAUUAGGGAAUUACCAACUUCACAUUAUGAAUAAAUGUCAUGUUAUGACAUUACAUUAUGUUGUCUUUUAUCCAUGUUUGCAUAAGGUUGAUGCUUUGGGGUUCUAUGCAAUUCCCAGUUCCAAGAACCAUAUAUCAUCUAAUAAGGUUGAUGCUUUGGGGUUGUUAGUAACUCCUAUUUGGAGGAACCAUGGAUCAUGUAAUAAGGUUCAAUGCUUUUGAAUUGUAUGUAACUUAAUUGCUAGGACCAUGUAUAUAAGUCCAAAAACACCAAUGUAGAAUCUGACAGAUGCACAUAAUUCAAGAGAAAUUACCUCCAA